AUGGCUGCUGUGAUUGGCGACUUCGUUUCAGAAACCUCAUAUCCUCAUACCAUGAUUGCCAACCCCUCCCUUCAACAUCACCAUUCACACGACUCUUCAUCCUAUCGAUCUGGUAGCCGAUCACGACGCUCCACCACUCCGCGAGCUCAACGUACAGCAGAUCUCGCCCCUACAACGUGGUCAUCUGCGACUGCGACAGCACCUGCAUCGACUUCAGAGUCUAAUCCUACUUCUGUGCCUGCGGGUCACGAAACUGCCCACGUGUCGGCCACUGGCGGAGCCUCGCGCUUCCCCUCCCCGCCUCCGUCCUCAUCGCCAGCUGCUGCCACAGGCCCUGCUUAUACUGAUGAUGCAAAGAGCUCGUCUAUGGCAUCUGACGCGAGGGACUCUGGUCCCCUAGGACACGCUUCGCGGCCCGGCUCUACUUCUCAUAACUCUACUGCUCAGCAACCAUCUCCGGCGUCUGAUGAUUUUCAAAUAUCCGACCAGUCUUAUUCUCUCCCCAGGGCAGCGCCGCAGCCAUCAGAGCAGACUGUCAUACAUAUUCGCGAUCUAGCACACAUUCAGAGUCUGGCUAGCGCUGACUUACUCUCUGGCAAUGACGGGCCUGGCAUUCUCAACGACCCGCCCCUUCAGCAGAUGAAAUAUGAAAUUAGCGGCAUGCCCAUAGGGGAUAUCAUCGAAAUGGUCGCUGCACUUCUAACUAAGAUCACCACCACCAACGACUUACAACACGAUGCGAUGCAGCGCAAUGUCGCUCAUCAACAGCAGGCCAACCAAUCUGGCGAUACCAGUGGGAGCUCAAUAUCGUCCUUGAAUCACUCUGUUCUCGCCUUUCAUGGCAAAAACGUCCCCGCCAUUACCAUUCUAAGCUACCUGUCGAGGAUACACAAAUAUUGCCCCACUACUUAUGAGGUAUUUCUCAGCCUGCUGGUAUACUUCGACCGCAUGACAGAACGUGUCAAUGAUAUGGUUACGAAGAACGAGGAAGCUCGUAAGCAGACGCAGUCGCAGCGGCCGAACGCAACUUCUGCCCAAGAUGCUCCCAUGCGCGGCGAAGGCAUGGAUACAGAUGAGAGCGACUCGGAUCUCGCAGACGAUGAUGACGAGGAAAUGGGUGACACUGCUCGACCCAGUCGUCCAGUUAGCAACAAAGGGGCCAGUACCCCUACCGAACAUGCUGGCAUUGCAGCUGCGACAUACUUUGUUGUCGAUAGCUUCAACAUUCACCGUCUUAUCAUUUCUGGGGUGACGUGUGCAAGCAAGUUUUUUUCAGACGUUUUUUAUACAAACUCGAGAUAUGCCAAGGUUGGCGGUUUGCCACUGGUUGAACUAAACCACCUCGAGCUCCAAUUCCUUCUUCUCAACGACUUUCGACUCAUGGUUCCAGUGGAAGACCUGGAAGCAUAUGCGACCAUGCUAGUUGAGUUUUAUGCCAGAGAGGUGGUGGCUAAGCAGGCAGGAACUGGAGCCACUGAAUGA